UUGCUGCUAAGCAACAUUAUUUAGCCAGGGAGAAAUCUAAACCAAAGAAUAGCAGUUACAAUAGCAGUUGAAGAUACUCUGCCCUGCGCUUAUUACUACACACUGUUUUGGCGGUCUGGUUCUUGUUUGAGCUGUCUGUAAGAUUUCAGUUCAUGGUGGCUGGAUGAGCAGCUGAAAUGCUACUGGCUGUGGAGGGAGGAGGUUUUUUCUCAUCAUCCGCAUCAGGAUACAGCCAUGGCCUUGCGCUUUUGCUACUCGGACGGAAAAGUGAAGAACAGCCUGUGAAGGCAUCGCCCUGGAACCACUAUCGACUAGUUGACCGAGAUGCUGGGCAGCUGGCUUCAGCGAAGGACGAUGUUCCUGGUAAAUGUGCUUCCUUUACCUGCUUUGGCUGCACACCUGCUAGGCUUGAGGGCGCAUCUCCUCCGAAAUUGAGCUCAAGUAACACGCCUCAGAAAUUAUCAAGUUCCACAAACGGGAACCGAAUAGCGAAUGGUUCCAUCAAUGGAAGUGGGAAAAAAGGUUGUCUUAAGAGUAACUCGAAAAGGGACUCUUCUGACCGUAGUUCUAUUGUAAGUGAUGGCGAGGAACCACGGGAGUCUCUGGAAGAGGUGCAAACUUUGAGAACUGGAAUGGAGCGGAGAAAAGUCCACUGGACUGACACAUGCGGGAAGGAACUUUUUGAGAUCAGAGAAUUUGAAACAAGCGAUGAAGGUCUGUCAGACGAUGAAGGGGAGAACGAUGGUUUCCGGAAAUGUGAGUGCGUGAUCCAGUAGCCCAGUCUCUCCAUGACGACAACGAUGCUUCAUGGCGUCCUGAAGCUCUCUGGUUGUUCUCAUAGACGCGGUGCUGGGUUCCUACUUUAGGCUUACAAUUUUGUCUGGGCUGACCUCUCCAUCCCCCACCUCUGUUAGUUUCUUUUGUUUUUCUUCCUCCUUGUUGGGUUCGGCCUGCCGAUCUACCAUAUGUAACUUCCCCAUUCUUUUUUUCCCCAGAGUGGCUCGCUGAUGUUGAUUUCUUGUUUCGGUUUUGGUUCGCCGUUGAAUGUUGAUAUAUAUACUGUGGAUGAAAGGUGUAGCUGAUCAAUUGACCUGUUAAUCACUUGCAUGUAUUGAUUCCAAGGAGGAAAGUGUUAAAUGUA